AAGAAUAUAAAGUGCUUGUUACUUAUUGUUUCAAUGUGAUUGCAUAGAAGAUUCGUUGGAUUCUGAACAAUUUGAUGGUAUCUUAACCAAAGUUUGAGAGAGGUUUCUAAUGCCUCAUGCUCAGCACCUUCAUGAUGGAAUUCCUAUUGCAUAAGCUUUUGGACAGGAAAACCACUGCUGAUAUCAGGGAGUUUGGAAGGUAGAUGUACCUGUGGAUUAAAAAAAAAAAAGUAUGGUCCUUGCUCAUUCCUACAACCUGGGUCUCCAUAUUAAUACACUAGGGUUCUGGAUCCUUUCUUUUCCUCCUCCCUUCCUGUUACUUCAGACUGUUACUCUCUGUGAAGAUUCUUCUGAUGUCCUUAUGUCCAUUUCAUUUCUAGGUAGCAGAAUGUCAAUAGAUGGUAUGCCCUGCUGAGUUCAAGGUAGCAUUUUAUCAGUCACAGAUUAUUUUUUGGUCCUAGCAUACUUAUACAUGAUGAUCUCCUGCUGAAAUCAAAGUAUUUUUUUAACUAAUUUUAUAUUUUCAGAGGUAUCAAACAGCAGACUGGAAAAGGACAUUGUUGUAACAUGCCAUUACAACAAAGCAAUCUGCUUAAUAGAAUUGCUUAAAAUGCAAGUUUUUAAAGUAAUAAAAUAUUUUUAACAUCAGAAUUUUCCUUAAAAUACUUAGGAAUACUCUAGUGUUCCUGAAGCCUUGGUUCAGAAAUACUUAUUUGAAUUAUUCUUCCUCUUUAAGCUUGGAAAAUGAUCUUAGGUGAUAAUUUUUACAACAUUGAAAGCAAUACCUGCUGAAAGUCAAGGGAACAAUCUCCUUUAUCUGAUUUGUUCUGAUGAGACCCAUAUUGUAGGUUAUUCUAAUGUGUGGCUUUAUACACAUUUCAGGCUAACAAAGUAAAGCAUGAUUAGCAAUUCCUAACCUUUUCCAGUAUUUCACAUCACAUUUGCAUAUAUACAAUCUGCCAGGCUCUGAGAUUUUUUGGCUGGAAGGCAUUAUGGUGGGAUGAGAGAGGAUAAAUACAUUUGCCUUACUUUUAAACUAUUUUUUGUCCAUACUCAUUCUCUAGCUACAUUGUAUAAAAAUAUAGCACAUAUAUAAAUGAUCUCUUCCACCCUGCUUGGUGGAAAAUUAACGGUAGUGAAUGGAAAAUUAAAUGUAGUGAACAGGUAUUUCAACACUCUCCUAUACUUCUGCAUUGCAUUACAUCUUUAGAAGUUAUCUGUAGAAAUGUAAAUGUUAUACAGUCAAUUGAAGCAAAAGAGAGGAAAAGAAGUAACAUUUACUGAACAUAUACUGUCUCUUGGUGGAUCUUUUUAAUUACAACAUCCUUAUGAAGUAGAUAUUAUGUGCAUCUUGUGAAUGAAGAAACUCAGGCUCAAAAUGUCAAAUAACUUACCCAAGUUUAGGUAACUACACCAGUAAGUGACAGAGUUGGGGUUUAAACGUGGUACUGGCCAGCUUUAGAACACUUUUUUUCCCACUUGUUUCUUAAAAUUAAAUAUGUUUUCUUGUUUAACAGAUACUAUUCCUUAAACUUGGGGAAAAAUAGGAAGUAAAAUAUUGAGUAAGACUGAUAAUCUAUGUAACCUAAUCUCUGAUAAAACCAAGUGUCAUUUUCCAAAUGGGAAACUUAACUGCAGAAGUAACUUUAUGCUCAUUUCUAAUAGAUAUCAUUUGAAUCCUUGUUUUGAUUAAGUGAUAGAAAAUUUUCAUUUAAAUAAAGAUGCUUUUUUGGUAGGAAAAGCCCUUUGUAAAGCUUUACUGGUAUAUAGGAUAACAUUGGCUCACUGCUUUAAAAUUGUUCAAUAUUUUAAAUUUUUGCUAAACUCAGGAUGUAGAUAUUUUUACAAAAAGUGGAGCAUAAAAUACCCUUCAGAUUAUGUUUCACUCAAUUUUUUUCUUAGGUUGCUUUGUUAGUAUAUACUAUACUAUUAGCUGGGUGAGUAGUUGAGAAAAAAAAAGUUUAUUGUAAAAUUUGAUAUGACAUGAAGCUAAAAAUAAUGAAGAGGCUGAUUGACAGAUUUGGAAUCUGAUCUAUAGAGACUAGCAAUGGAUCACAGCUGGAAAGAGAUGAAUGAAAAAUUUUAAAUAAAGUUUUAUUCAUGAAACGAAGAGUAACAACAGGUAUGGAUAGAGGGUGCAGGGUGUGGUUGCAGUGCAAGUAAAGAAGACAAGGAUUCAAUCAGAAAACUUGAUAUGUCAGCAUUGUGUCGAGGGCAUUCCAAAAAUAAUGCGUAUGUGAACUGUAUUAACAUAAGUUUAUUUUCUAGGUCAAAGCAGGUAAUAUGCCCUUUACUCUGCCUUGGUUGUAUGAGGGUUGAAAUGUUAAUUACAUAUAAUUCCAUAUACCACCCUUUAAGAUAAAUUGGAGCAUGCUCAGAAAAGAAGAUGGUGAUGAGUCUUAGCUGUCUUAAAUGUUUGAAGGAACUUGUUAUCUAGAAAAGACAAGACUCAGAGUGGAUUAGAGUCAUAGAUGUAGAUUUAUGACUCGAAUCAAAGUCACAGACUUCCUGUGACUUUGCAGAUAGAGUACAGGCAAGUUAGGCAUCAUUUAUUAGUAAUCCUCUUAAAGAGAAUUCACAGCUGAGAAAAGUUGCUAUAUAAUGAAAAAUUUCAUGUAGCAGGCAGUACUUUUUCAGAGAUAGUAUAGUGCGUAGUGAGGUAGUACACACUUGUCCUGGUAGUAUUUAAGCAUAAGUGUAAGAACAAAGUAGAAAGAAUUUAAACAUGUGAUGUAUAAUAGGAACAGAAGACUUUUGAGAUGUCAUACCAAUUCAAAGAUUUUUUUUUUAAUUCCAAGAUUAAAAGGACUUCACAGAGUAUUAUUUUAUCCUCAUGAGGCUACCUCACCUUAGUAAGAGUAAUGUGCAUCGAUACAGCUCUUUACCAUUUAUAAAGUUCUUUCUUCUGAAUUAUCUCGUUUUGGAGACUGGUAAUACUCCUUUGGGUAGACAAGACAAGUAUCCUCAUUUUGAACAGGUAAAGAAAUAGGCUAGCUAAGAGAAAGUCUGAAUUGCCUUAAAUCAUAAAGCUUAUAAGCAGCAGCCUAGGGCUCUACCCUUGGUCUACAAAUUCCGAGUUUAGUGCCGUUUCUCCUGUACCACUUUUCUUUAAAAGUAAGUCAUAAGUUGUGAUACUUGUUUUGCAUACAUUAAAAAUUGCAAGGAACAGAUGGUUCUUAAAUUUUAUUCCUAAGAAAAAUGUACAUGUAGCUCAAGUUAGACUGAGGGUUCUAAAUGCCAAGCAAUGGGGAGUCAUGGGGGCAAGUCUGUGUUACAGAAAGAUAACCGUUUAAAAUUAAUGAAAAAAUCUGGUUUGGGCUGCUAGAUGAAUGGUGGUGCCUUUCAUUAAGAUGGCAAAUAUAGGAGAGGGAGCAGGUUGGUAGGUAAUUGAGCAGGUGAGGUAAUUGAAUUUUGGACGUAAGAAAAAUAGCUGACAUUGGUUGUUUACUAAGUGCCAGACACUAUGCUUAGGGUUUUGUAUCAUUUAACUCAUUUAGUCUUUUUACUACAACCCUCUGAAGAUAAACCUUUUCAAUCUUCAUUUUCCAUAUGAAGAAACUGAAAAGCUUAGAUUGUUUAAAGAACUUAUCCAAGGCUUCAUAGGGCAAGAAUAGGAAUUUGAAUCUCUAUGUCUGACAACAGAGCCACAGUUGUUAGGAGCUAGUUCUUUGGAACAUUUGGAUAAGAACAACCAGUAGUCAGUUGAAUAAAUGGUUGUCACUUUGAGGAAAAAGAAAUAUUCUAGAGAUAUAUGAGUGUCCUUAUACCAAAGAAGAGGACAGCGUUAUAGCCUUUGAACAUACCUUAGGAAAAUAAAGAUUUUAUACCUGCCUCCACGUUUUCCUGAAUUUUGGCACUGUUUCUGUGCUUCGUAGUAUUAUAUAGGCAUUCCCUAAUCUAGGAACAUCUUCUAUGAAUGGAUGAAAGUGAAAGGUGCCCUUUGUAUAAGGUCAAUAGACCCUUCUAGGAUGGGGGCCAUGUUUUAUUAACUUUUAUCUCCAGCUCAGUGCCUGGAACAUAGCUUGAAUGAAAUGAAAUGAAAUGAAAUGAAUGAACGAAUGAAUGGUAAAUAGGGAUGCGAAGAACAAAGAGGGGAGUUCAUAUUCAGAGCAGCUGCCUCCUGUGUAGUUUGAAGUGAUAGGUGGGCUGCCUUUUUUUCCCAGGUAAUAAUGCUCCAAAAAUGGUUAGCUUACAUCCUUAUAUACUUGUUGAAUUAAUAGUCAGGGGCUACUCCUUUUCCAACUGAGGGAAUGAGAGAAGAAACUAUGUGUUCCUGACGUCCGCUUUUGUGAUUUUUAAAACUUACACAAAUAAUACAUAUUCAUUGUAGACAUUGUAGACACAUUAGAAUAUUCAAAUAAGCAAAAAUAAACCAUUUAAAUUGUCUAAAAUUCUACCACCCAGAGAUAGCCACUGUUAACAUUUUGGUGUAUAUCCUUCCAGAGUUUUUCCCAUAAAAAUAUAUACAUUGAAACAUGUAUAUAUUUAUUUAAAAUGGGAUCAUUACAAUCCAUAUUGUUUUGUAAACUGCUUUUUCACUUAUUACAUGUGACUGUCUUUCUAUGUCAGUGAAUUUACAUCUUUAUCAUCAUUUUAAUGACUGCAUAGUAUUCCAUUAUAAGGAUGUACCAUAAUAUAUUUAACUAGUUCUCUAUUGUUAGGAAUUUAGGUUUCCAAUUUGAAGGUCUUUUGGAAUAAAAGUUAUGGUGAGCAUUCUUGUAUGUACAUCUUUGUACACUUAUCUACUUUUAAAAAAAUAGAAGUAGAAUCAAUGAGACAUUUCAAAAUUUUAUGUGUGCUAUUUUGGUUUUUUUAAAAUACAGACUCAGAUUGCCUUCCUGAAAGGUUGUGCUGAUUGACACUUUCUCCAGCAGUAUGUCCAGAGUACUCUUUCCCCAUACCCUCAUUAACACUGAGUGGUUUUUUGUUUGUAUGUGGUAAUUUUUUUUUUUUUUUUUUUUUUUUUUUUUUUUUUUUUUUUGUAAAUCAUUACCAAUUUGAAAGGCAAAAGGUAUCUUUGGGUUAAAUGCAUUUCUUUGAUGAGUACUAAGGCUGAACUCUUUUUUCCCUUAUUGCUCAUUUCUGUUGAGGUUCAUCGUUUUUUCUUACAGAAUGGACAGCAAAUUAUGGAUGAACCUAUGGGAGAGGAGGAGAUUAAUCCACAAACUGAAGAAGUCAGUAUCAAAGAAAUUGCAAUCACACAUCAUGUAAAGGAAGGACAUGAAAAGGCAGAUCCUUCCCAGUUUGAACUUUUAAAAGUAUUAGGGCAGGGAUCAUUUGGAAAGGUUUUCUUAGUUAAAAAAAUCUCAGGCUCUGAUGCUAGGCAGCUUUAUGCCAUGAAGGUAUUGAAGAAGGCCACACUGAAAGUUCGAGACCGAGUUCGGACAAAAAUGGAACGCGAUAUCUUGGUAGAAGUUAAUCAUCCUUUUAUUGUCAAGUUGCAUUAUGCUUUUCAAACUGAAGGGAAGUUGUAUCUCAUUUUGGAUUUUCUCAGGGGAGGAGAUUUGUUUACACGCUUAUCCAAAGAGGUGAUGUUCACAGAAGAAGAUGUCAAAUUCUACUUGGCUGAACUUGCACUUGCUUUAGACCAUCUACAUAGCCUGGGAAUAAUCUAUAGAGACUUAAAACCAGAAAACAUACUUCUUGAUGAAGAAGGUCACAUCAAGUUAACAGAUUUCGGCCUAAGUAAGGAGUCUAUUGACCAUGAAAAGAAGGCAUAUUCUUUCUGUGGAACUGUGGAGUAUAUGGCUCCAGAAGUAGUUAAUCGUCGAGGUCAUACUCAGAGUGCUGACUGGUGGUCUUUUGGUGUGUUAAUGUUUGAAAUGCUUACUGGUACACUACCUUUCCAAGGAAAAGAUCGAAAAGAAACAAUGACUAUGAUUCUUAAAGCCAAACUUGGAAUGCCACAGUUUUUGAGUCCUGAAGCCCAGAGUCUUUUACGAAUGCUUUUCAAACGAAAUCCUGCAAACAGAUUAGGUGCAGGACCAGAUGGAGUUGAAGAAAUUAAAAGACAUUCGUUUUUCUCAACAAUAGACUGGAAUAAACUGUAUAGAAGAGAAAUUCAUCCACCAUUUAAACCUGCAACGGGUAGGCCUGAAGAUACAUUCUAUUUUGAUCCUGAGUUUACUGCAAAAACUCCGAAAGAUUCACCUGGCAUUCCACCUAGUGCUAAUGCACAUCAGCUUUUUCGGGGGUUUAGUUUUGUUGCUAUUACCUCAGACGAUGAAAGCCAAGCUAUGCAGACAGUUGGUGUACAUUCAAUUGUUCAGCAGUUACACAGGAACAGUAUUCAGUUUACUGAUGGAUAUGAAGUAAAAGAAGAUAUUGGAGUUGGCUCCUACUCUGUUUGCAAGAGAUGUAUACAUAAAGCUACAAACAUGGAGUUUGCAGUGAAGAUUAUUGAUAAAAGCAAGAGAGACCCAACAGAAGAAAUUGAAAUUCUUCUUCGUUAUGGACAGCAUCCAAACAUUAUUACUCUAAAGGAUGUAUAUGAUGAUGGAAAAUAUGUGUAUGUAGUAACAGAACUUAUGAAAGGAGGUGAAUUGCUGGAUAAAAUUCUCAGACAAAAAUUUUUCUCUGAACGAGAGGCCAGUGCUGUCCUGUUCACUAUAACCAAAACCGUUGAAUAUCUUCACGCACAAGGGGUGGUUCAUAGAGACUUGAAACCUAGCAACAUUCUUUAUGUGGAUGAAUCUGGUAAUCCGGAAUCUAUUCGAAUUUGUGAUUUUGGCUUUGCAAAACAGCUGAGAGCGGAAAAUGGUCUUCUCAUGACUCCUUGUUAUACUGCAAAUUUUGUUGCACCAGAGGUUUUAAAACGACAAGGCUAUGAUGCUGCUUGUGAUAUAUGGAGUCUUGGUGUCCUACUGUAUACAAUGCUUACCGGUUACACUCCAUUUGCAAAUGGUCCUGAUGAUACACCAGAGGAAAUAUUGGCACGAAUAGGUAGCGGGAAAUUCUCACUCAGUGGUGGUUACUGGAAUUCUGUUUCAGACACAGCAAAGGACCUGGUGUCAAAGAUGCUUCAUGUAGACCCUCAUCAGAGACUGACUGCUGCUCUUGUGCUCAGACAUCCUUGGAUUGUCCACUGGGACCAACUGCCGCAAUACCAACUAAACAGACAGGAUGCACCACAUCUAGUAAAGGGUGCCAUGGCAGCUACAUAUUCUGCUUUGAACCGUAAUCAGUCACCAGUUUUGGAACCAGUAGGCCGCUCUACUCUUGCUCAGCGGAGAGGUAUUAAAAAAAUCACCUCAACAGCCCUGUGAAGUGACCUCAGUGAGAUGUUUGGUACCAUGGUGUAAGCUGAUAGCACAAGUUCUGGCGACAGGUAGCACAUAUCUGAGAGACACCUGCAAGCACACACUGUCCCAACUGGUACCCAUAAUGCUGCUGCUCCUGCUGCUGCUCCUGCUUUCGUCUCUUCUCGCUUUAAAUGAUUGUUAGCAAGUUAGAUUUUCCUGGAGCUUCGGAUGAAAUGAAAAUGGAAACAUGAUGAAGAUAUAGUCACUGAAUCAACAAGAAAAAUAAUGAACAUAUGAAUACCACCUAAAAAUACACUGAAUAAAGUACACCAUAUAGCAUUAUUUUUAUAGGAAAUAUUUCAUGUCCCUUAAAUAUUCUUUGUUAGUUAUAGGGAUGGACAGUUUAUGUUAAGCACUUAGCUUAAACAAUCCGUUUAUAUUAGCACUGUAUCCCUUGUGCCAUCCAACAUUUUGUAUGUUUUUGUAAACAGUUCAUAUACAGUACAUUUCUGUACUGCUUUCUUUAAUGUAUACAUGCCUUGUUUAACUUGGAAUCUAUUAUUAUUAAUCAAUUGACUAUUAAAUCUGGUUAAAUAGUUCACCUGGAUUAACAGUAUUGUUGGACAGCCCUAAAAAUGGCCAGAUUGUGGAACAGCUGUUGAAUGUAAUACUUCCAAAAUGUACAUAUCUUUCCCCAUGUCUGUUUCACUGGUUCAUUCAUUUGUUUGUUUCUUAAAGUCAGGUGCUCUGUCAGACUAACCUAGAGAGCUGUUAUGGUAGAGAAAGUUAUCAUACGUGUGUGGCAUGAACUCAAGAAUACACCUAUGAAGUUAGUCCGUAUACUUCGCAACUCCUUGGAGUUCCUUUUCCCUUAAUUAAGGAAGUAGUCCUUGCACUUUUAAUCUUACAUAGCAUCCAUACUUAGAAUUUGGCAUAUCAUUUGGGAUUUUGCCAAUAUACAUCAAAGCCCUUUAAGAGUCCUGGUAAAGAGAUUGGUGAAGGAAAAUUUAGCAACAGGUAAUUGAAGUCCUAUUGGAUAUUUCAUGUUUAAAUAGAUAUUCUAUAUUAAACACUAAUUUGAAUGUAAUAAAGGCCAAAGGCCUCUAUAU